AUGACCACUUUACUGCUGGUGUUUGUGACUCUGAGGGUCAUCACUGCAACCGUCUCCGUAGAAUUCUCAGACCAUGACACCUCACUGAGCGUGAGCAUCCCCGAGCCUUCCCCGCUGCGAGUCCUCCUUGGAAGUUCCCUCACCAUCCCCUGCUACUUCAUCGACCCCAUGCACCCAGUGACCACUGCCCCCUCCACUGCCCCCCUCGCCCCGAGAAUUAAAUGGAGCCGAGUGUCUAAGGACAAGGAGGUGGUCCUGCUGGUGGCCACCGAGGGGCAGGUGCGAGUCAACAAUGCCUACCAGGACAAGGUCUCGCUGCCCAACUACCCAGCCAUCCCCAGCGACGCCACCCUGGAGAUCCAGAACCUGCGCUCUAAUGACUCCGGGGUCUACCGCUGCGAGGUGAUGCAUGGCAUCGAGGACAGCAAGGCCACUCUGGAGGUCGUGGUGAAAGGCAUCGUGUUCCACUACCGAGCCAUCUCCACACGCUACACCCUGGACUUCGACCGGGCACAGCGGGCCUGCCUGCAGAACAGCGCCAUCAUCGCCACACCCGAGCAGCUGCAGGCUGCCUAUGAGGACGGCUUCCACCAGUGUGAUGCUGGCUGGCUGGCUGACCAGACCGUCAGGUACCCUAUCCACUUGCCCCGGGAAGGCUGCUAUGGAGACAAGGAUGACUUUCCCGGCGUGAGAACCUACGGCAUCCGAGACACCAAUGAGACCUACGACGUGUACUGCUUUGCCGAGGAAAUGGAGGGUGAGGUGUUCUACGCCACAUCCCCUGAGAAGUUCACCUUCCAGGAGGCAGCCAACGAGUGCCGGCGGCUGGGUGCCCGACUGGCCACCACGGGCCAGCUCUACUUGGCCUGGCAGAGCGGCAUGGACAUGUGCAGCGCCGGAUGGCUGGCCGACCGCAGUGUCCGCUACCCCAUCUCGAAGGCCCGACCCAACUGCGGGGGCAACCUUCUGGGUGUGAGGACCGUCUACGUGCAUGCCAACCAGACGGGCUACCCAGACCCUUCAUCCCGCUAUGACGCCAUCUGCUACACAGGUGAAGACUUUGUGGACAUCCCAGACAACUUCUUCGGAGAGGGAAGUGAGGAGGACAUCACCAUCCAGACAGUGACCUGGCCUGAGAUGGAGCUGCCCAUGCCCCGAAACGUCACCGAGGGAGAAGCCCGAGGCAACGUGAUCCUCACAGUGAGGCCCUUCUUCAGCGCCUCACCCACCCCCCUAGAGCCUGAGGAGCCCUUCACACUGACUGCUGCCUUCCCCGAGCCUGAGAACCAGACAGCAGAGGCCACCAGGCCCUGGGCUCUUCCCGAGGCCUUCACCAGUGAGGACCUGGCCGUGCCAGUGACCAUCGCUCCAGGUGUAGCCAGUGUCCCUGGGCAGCCACUCUUGCCAGGGGGGGUCGUGUUCCACUACCGCCCAGGGUCCUCUCGCUACUCGCUGACCUACGAGGAGGCACAGCAGGCCUGCCUUCACACGGGUGCCGUCAUUGCCUCCCCUGAGCAGCUCCAGGCGGCCUACGAGGCCGGCUAUGAGCAGUGUGAUGCUGGCUGGCUGCGGGACCAGACUGUAAGAUACCCCAUUGUGAGCCCAAGGGCCCCAUGUGUGGGGGACAAGAACAGCAGCCCAGGGGUCAGGACCUAUGGUGUGCGGCCCUCAUCAGAAACCUACGACGUCUACUGUUACGUGGACAAGCUAGAGGGGGAAGUGUUCUUCGCCACGCGCCUGGAGCAGUUCACCUUCCAGGAAGCCCUGGAGUUCUGUGAAUCACAAAAUGCCACACUGGCCUCCACGGGCCAGCUCUAUGCUGCCUGGAGCCGCGGCCUGGACAAGUGCUACGCCGGCUGGCUGUCGGAUGGCAGCCUCCGCUACCCCAUCGUCAAUGCGAGGCCCGCCUGUGGCGGGAACCAGCCCGGUGUGAGGACAAUCUACCUCUACCCCAACCAGACCGGCCUCCCAGACCCGCUGUCCCGGCACCAUGCCUUCUGUUUUCGAGGUGCUUCAGCAGUGCCGUCACCAGGAGAGGAGGACGGUGGCACGCAUGCACCCCCGUCCGGCGUGGAGGACUUCAUCCCCCCCGAGGUGGUGCCUGGAGUGGCUGCUGUCCCCUUGGGGGAGGAGACGACCAUAGUGCCAGUCUUCACCGCUGAGCCAGAAAACCGGACAGAAUGGGAACCAGCCUACACCCCAGCGGGCAUUUCCCCAUUGCCUGAAAUCCCUGCUACAUGGCCUCCCACUGGUUCACCAACAGAGGAAAUCACAGAAGGGCCCUCUGUAACUGAAGUGCCAUCCCCUUCAGAGGAACCGUUCACUUCAGAGGAACCGUCCCCCUCAAAGGAGCCAUUCACCUCAGAGAAACCACCCCCCUCAAAGGCGCCAACCCCCUCAGAGGAACCUUCUCCCUCAGAGGAGCCGUUCCCCUCAGAGAAGCCUUCCACCUCAGAAGAACCAUUCACCUUAAAGGAACCAUACACCUCAGAGGAACCAUCCACCUUCGAAGAACCCUCUGCCUCAGAGAAGCCAUAUAUACCUUCCCUCAUAGUGCCCAGCAGAACUGAAUUGCCAGGCUCUGGGGAGGCAUCUGGGGUCCCUGAAAUCAGUGGUGACUUCACUGGCAGUGGAGAAGCUUCAGGAAGCUUUGAGUCCAGUGGGCAAACCUCGGGAGAAAGUGCCAGUGGACUACCUUCUGGGGAUCUUGAUUCCAGUGGUCAGACUUCCACAGUGGGUUCAGGGCUACCUACUGAAAGUGGACUAACCUCAGGGGAAGAAGAAAGGAUAGAGUGGACCAGCACUCCAAAGACUGAUGAACUGCCCAGUAGAGGCAAGGACAUAGAGGGCUCUGCUUCUGGGGAAGAUCUCAGUAGGCUUCCUUCUGGAGAAGGAGGUCCAGAAACCUCUGCUUCUGGUGAAGAAGACCUUAGUGGACUUCCUUCUGGAGGAGAAGGUCCAGAAUCUUCUGCUUCUGGUGCAGAGGACCUUAGUGGACUUCCUUCUGGAGGACAAAGUCCAGAAUAUUUUGCUUCUGGUACAGAGGACCUUAGUGGACUUCCUUCUGGAGGAGAAAGUCCAGAAUAUUUUGCUUCUGGUACAGAGGACCUUAGUGGACUUCCUUCUGGAGGAGAAGGUCCAGAAUCUUCUGCUUCUGGAGAAGGUCCAGAAUCUUCUGCUUCUGGAAUAGGAGACCUCAGUGGGCUUCCUUCUGGAGGAGAAGGUCCAGAAUCUUCUGCUUCUGGAACAGGGGAACUCAGUGGGCAUCCUUCUGGAGAAGCGCUUGAGAUCCCUUCUUCUGGAGUAGAGGACCUCAGUGGACUUCCUUCUGGAAGAGAGAGUCUAGAGACCUCUGCUUCUGGAAUAGAAGACCUCAGUGGACUUCCUUCUGGGAGAGAAGGUACAGAGACCUCUACUUCUGGAAUUGAGGACCUCAGUGGAUUGCAUUCUGGAGUGGAAGACUUGGUGGGAUCUACUUCUGGACCAUUGGACUUUGGCACACUGCCUUCUGGAAGUGGGCAGACUCCAGAUGCAAGUGGCAUUCCCUCUGGAUAUAGUGGUGACUAUUCAGGGGUGGAGUCUGGAAGUGGCACCACCUCUGGCCUACCUGACUUUAGUGAACUUCCAUCUGGGUUCCCAACUGUCUCCCUGGUGGACACGACCCUGGUGGAAGUGGUCACAGCCACCACUGCAGGGGAACUGGAAGGGAGGGGAACCAUUGUAAUAAGUGGUUCUGGAGAAGCAUCUGGACUCCCCUUCAGUGAACUGCCCUUUAGUGGUGACACUAGUGGACUGCCUUCAGGGACUGAACUCAGUGGUCAGACAUCUGGGUCUCCUGACAUCAGUGGGGAAACAUCUGGGCUUUUUGGCAUUGGUGAGCAUUCCUCAGGCUUCCCUGACAUCAGUGGAGAAACAUCUGGGACUUUUGACUUGAGUGGGCAGCCAUCAGGGUUUCCUGGUGCCAGUGGGGAAACAUCUGGAGUGACGGAGCUUAGCGGACUGUCCUCUGGACAACCGGAUGUCAGUGGAGACGUGUCUGGAGUUGGCUUAGGCAGUGGUCAAACAUUUGAUACAACGGACCUAAGUGGUGAAACAUCUGGGGCCACAGAUCACAGUGGACAGCCAUCAGGGUUGCCAGAGGUCAGUGGAACGACAUCUGGAAUCCCUGAUCUUGUUUCUGGGGCCGUGAGCGGCAGUGGUGAAUCUUCCGGCAUUACAUUUGUGGACACCAGUUUGGUAGAAGUGACUCCAACUUCAUUUAGAGAAGAAGAAGGCUUGGGGUCUGUGGACCUCAGUGGGCUUCCUUCCGGGGAAGCAGAUCCAUCAGGCACAUCGGGGAUGGUGGAUGUCAGUGGACAAUCUUCUGGCGCAGUCGACUUCAGUGGAUUUCCAUCCCAGGCCCCAGAAUUCAGUGGCCUGCCAAGUGGAAUAACCGAGGUCAGUGGAGACACUUCUGGAGCCGAAAGUGGGAGCAGCCUGCCCUCGGGGGCGUCUGAAGGCAGUGGGCUUCCAUCUGGUUUCCCCACCAUCUCUCUGAUAGACAGGACUUUGGUGGAAUCUAUAACCCAGGCCCCAACUGCCCAGGAAGCAGGAGAAGGGGCCUCUGGCAUCCUGACCAUCGAUGGUGCCCAUUCUGGAGCACCAGACAUAUCUGGAGACCAUUCUGGAUUUUGGGACCCAAGUGGGCACUCAGGGCUGGUAGAACCCAGCGGAGCAUCUCCAAGCACUCCAUAUUUUAGUGGGGACUUUUCUAGCACCGCUGAUGUAAGCGGAGAAUCAUCUGCAGCCUCAGGCACCAGUGGUGAGACCUCAGGACUUCCAGAAGUCACCUUAAUCACUUCUGAUUUUGUGGAGGGUGUCACUGAGCCAACUCUUUCCCAGGAAGUUGGCCAAAGACCUCCUGUGACACACUCCCGAUUUUUUGAGUCUAGUGGAGAAACCUCUGCAUCUGGGGACAUUAGUGGAGCUACACCAGCAUUCUCUGAGCCUGGGGUCCAAGCAUCUUCUAUCCCAAUAUCCAGCACUGAGAUGUCUUCCUACCCUGAGGCUGAGGUGGGGGCAUCUGCAGCCCCAGAGGCCAGCGGAGAAGCCUCCACUGAUCUGAGUGGAAGCACAUCCACCUUUAGCGAAGCUGAUUUUGCAACAGCCUCAGGACAGGGCGGGAGUGGCAGCCCCUCUGCCUUCCAGGAUGGCCUCAGGGAAGGGUCAGCAGAAAUGAGUGGAGAGCCCUCUGCUCCCUAUGAGGCGAGCACGGACACAUCAGGCUGGUCUUCAGCCACGCUCCUAACUUCUGGAGACAGAACUGAAACUGAUGGGGACUUCUCUGGGCACAACUCAGGACUGGAUGUUGUCAUCAGCACCAGCACCCCAGAGUCUGAGUGGACCUCGCAAACCCAGCGCCCUGCAGAGGCGCAUCUUGAUACCGACUCCUCGAGUCCCUUGUACUCAGGAGAAGAGACACACACAGCCGAAACAGACACCUACCCAACAGAUGCUGCCGCCCCGAUUUCUCCAGAAGAGACAGGUGAAUAAAGGGCCAAUCUUUCAGUGUGUUUGGACAUUGAUGAAUGCCUCUCAAGCCCUUGUCUGAAUGGAGCCACCUGCGUGGACGCCAUCGACUCUUUCACAUGCUUAUGCCUUCCCAGCUACGGAGGGGACCUGUGUGAGAUUGACCAGGAGGUAUGUGAGCAGGGCUGGACCAAGUUCCAGGGCCACUGUUACCGCCACUUCCCGGACCGUAAGACCUGGGUGGACGCAGAGAGCCAGUGUCGGGAGCACCAGUCCCAUCUGAGCAGCAUCAUCACCCCUGAGGAGCAGGAGUUUGUCAACAACAACGCUCAGGAUUACCAGUGGAUCGGCCUUAAUGACAGAACCAUCCAAGGGGACUUCCGCUGGUCAGAUGGACACACCUUGCAAUUUGAGCACUGGCGCCCCAACCAGCCAGACAACUUCUUUGCUGCUGGAGAGGAUUGCGUGGUGAUGAUCUGGCACGAGAAGGGUGAAUGGAAUGACGUCCCCUGCAAUUACCACCUGCCCUUCACGUGUAAAAAGGGCACAGUGGCCUGCGGAGAGCCGCCCGUGGUGGAGCACGCCAGAACCUUGGGACAGAAGAAGGACCGGUAUGAAAUCAACUCCCUGGUGCGGUACCAGUGCACCGAGGGCUUCAUACAGCGCCAUGUGCCCACCGUCCGGUGCCAGCCCAGUGGGCACUGGGAGGAGCCUCGGAUCACCUGCACGGACCCUGCCACCUACAAACGACAAAGGAGCUCUCGGUCCCCCAAGAGAAGCCGCCCCAGCUCCACCCACUGA